AUGGAAAAUAUUACACAACCCACACAGCAAUCCACGCAGGCUACUCAAAGGUUUUUGAUUGAGAAGUUUUCUCAAGAACAGAUCGGCGAAAACAUUGUGUGCAGGGUCAUUUGUACCACGGGUCAAAUUCCCAUCCGAGAUUUGUCAGCUGAUAUUUCACAAGUGCUUAAGGAAAAACGAUCCAUAAAGAAAGUUUGGACAUUUGGUAGAAACCCAGCCUGUGACUAUCAUUUAGGAAACAUUUCAAGACUGUCAAAUAAGCAUUUCCAAAUACUACUAGGAGAAGACGGUAACCUUUUAUUGAAUGACAUUUCCACUAAUGGGACCUGGUUAAAUGGGCAAAAAGUCGAGAAGAACAGCAAUCAGUUACUGUCUCAAGGUGAUGAAAUAACCGUUGGUGUAGGCGUGGAAUCAGAUAUUUUAUCUCUGGUCAUUUUCAUAAACGACAAAUUUAAGCAGUGCCUCGAGCAGAACAAAGUUGAUCGCAUAAGAUCUAACCUGAAAAAUACCUCUAAAAUAGCUUCUCCUGGUCUUACAUCAUCUACUGCAUCAUCAAUGGUGGCCAACAAGACUGGUAUUUUUAAGGAUUUUUCGAUUAUUGACGAAGUGGUGGGCCAGGGUGCAUUUGCCACAGUAAAGAAAGCCAUUGAAAGAACUACUGGGAAAACAUUCGCGGUGAAGAUUAUAAGUAAACGCAAAGUAAUAGGCAAUAUGGAUGGUGUGACAAGAGAGUUAGAAGUAUUGCAAAAGCUCAAUCAUCCAAGGAUAGUACGAUUGAAAGGAUUUUAUGAAGAUACUGAGAGUUAUUAUAUGGUGAUGGAGUUCGUUUCUGGUGGUGACUUAAUGGAUUUUGUUGCUGCUCAUGGUGCGGUUGGAGAAGAUGCUGGGAGGGAGAUAUCCAGGCAGAUACUCACAGCAAUAAAAUACAUUCACUCUAUGGGCAUCAGCCAUCGUGACCUAAAGCCCGAUAAUAUUCUUAUUGAACAAGACGAUCCUGUAUUGGUAAAGAUAACCGACUUUGGUCUGGCAAAAGUACAAGGAAAUGGGUCUUUUAUGAAAACCUUCUGUGGCACUUUGGCAUAUGUGGCACCUGAAGUCAUCAGAGGUAAAGAUACAUCCGUAUCUCCUGAUGAAUACGAAGAAAGGAAUGAGUACUCUUCGUUAGUGGAUAUGUGGUCAAUGGGAUGUCUUGUGUAUGUUAUCCUAACGGGCCACUUACCUUUUAGUGGUAGCACACAGGACCAAUUAUAUAAACAGAUUGGAAGAGGCUCAUAUCAUGAAGGGCCCCUCAAAGAUUUCCGGAUAUCUGAAGAAGCAAGAGAUUUCAUAGAUUCAUUGUUACAGGUGGAUCCAAAUAAUAGGUCGACAGCUGCAAAAGCCUUGAAUCAUCCCUGGAUCAAGAUGAGUCCAUUGGGCUCACAAUCAUAUGGUGAUUUUUCACAAAUAUCCUUAUCACAAUCGUUGUCGCAGCAGAAAUUAUUAGAAAAUAUGGACGAUGCUCAAUACGAAUUUGUCAAAGCGCAAAGGAAAUUACAAAUGGAGCAACAACUUCAAGAACAGGAUCAGGAAGACCAAGAUGGAAAAAUUCAAGGAUUUAAAAUACCCGCACACGCCCCUAUUCGAUAUACACAGCCCAAAAGCAUUGAAGCAGAAACUAGAGAACAAAAACUUUUACAUUCCAAUAAUACUGAGAAUGUCAAGAGCUCAAAGAAAAAGGGUAAUGGUAGGUUUUUAACUUUAAAACCAUUGCCUGACAGCAUUAUUCAAGAAAGCCUGGAGAUUCAGCAAGGUGUGAAUCCAUUUUUCAUUGGUAGAUCCGAGGAUUGCAAUUGUAAAAUUGAAGACAAUAGGUUGUCUCGAGUUCAUUGCUUCAUUUUCAAAAAGAGGCAUGCUGUAGGCAAAAGCAUGUAUGAAUCUCCGGCACAAGGUUUAGAUGAUAUUUGGUAUUGCCACACCGGAACUAACGUGAGCUAUUUAAAUAAUAACCGCAUGAUACAGGGUACGAAAUUCCUUUUACAAGACGGAGAUGAAAUCAAGAUCAUUUGGGAUAAAAACAAUAAAUUUGUCAUUGGCUUUAAAGUGGAAAUUAACGAUACUACAGGUCUGUUUAACGAGGGAUUAGGUAUGUUACAAGAACAAAGAGUAGUACUUAAGCAAACAGCCGAAGAAAAAGAUUUGGUGAAAAAGUUAACCCAGAUGAUGGCAGCUCAACGUGCAAAUCAACCCUCGGCUUCUUCUUCAUCAAUGUCGGCUAAGAAGCCGCCAGUUAGCGAUACAAAUAAUAACGGCAAUAAUUCGGUACUAAACGACUUGGUAGAGUCACCGAUUAAUGCGAAUACGGGGAACAUUUUGAAGAGAAUACAUUCGGUAAGUUUAUCGCAAUCACAAAUUGAUCCUAGUAAGAAGGUUAAAAGGGCAAAAUUGGACCAAACCUCAAAAGGCCCCGAGAAUUUGCAAUUUUCGUAA